AUGGUAAAGAAGGAUGUUGAGAACACAGAUAAACAGGAUGAUGGAGCAGCAAUUCAAUGGUUCCAUUCAAAUGCACUACAAGCAUGUUUGAUAGAUGUUGGCCAGUCGAUACAGAAGCCCUAUCAUCUUGCAUUUGCAAUAGGCAAACUGUUUUAUGCAUACUUCAAGCAUGAUCUUUCACAUGCUGAACAAGUACAUGCUGCAAUGCAAGCAAAUUUUUUCCUUCAACUUUGGCACAGUCACAUCACUGACAAAAACAGACAUCCCAUCCAUGGCCACUUCUUCCUACACCACUGCAGCUGUAUCUCUUCCCAAAAUUUCAAGUCACUCAACUCAUGUUGUGAUGCACUUAUAAAACUCACACUUGUUUACCAGGAGUACUACCCCACUGUCCCUUUCCUACCUUGGCAGCAUGGUUCAUUACCAUUGGAGAAAAUUUUUGGUAUCACAUGUGAAUUUCUCACCAACUUCAGCUAUGUUGAACUCCUUGGUAUAUUGCAUCAUAUUGAGCAGCAACAAGAGGUUCUCCUUCAAUUGGCACUGUCAUAUCCCAUAUGCCAGACAUAG